CCAUCUUCACUGAAUGGACCCAUGGGCAAGUGGAAGCAGAACAUGUUUACUUCCGGGCUUACAAUGAAUCGGAGCAAGCAGAACUGCUGCCUCCGAACCGAUGGAAACCAGCAACAGAAAUGCCAAGCAGUGGUGGUACAUGAAAGCCGCGUGGUUGGAGGUUCAGUCGGGCUCUUCAGCUGAGGAGCAGGAGGAGGGGGCACUGUUGUCAUCCGUCAGGGCUGUGUGUCGAGCUUUUGUCCAGGAGAAAUGGCCGGGAUUAAAGCUCUCAUCAGCCUUUCCUUUGGAGGGGCUAUUGGCCUCAUGUUCCUUAUGCUUGGAUGUGCCCUCCCAGUGUAUGACAAAUAUUGGCCUUUGUUCCUCCUCUUCUUCUACAUCCUCUCCCCAAUCCCUUACUGCAUCUCACGGAGGGUGGUUGAUGACACAGACUCGGCCAGUAACGCCUGCAAAGAGCUGGCCAUUUUUCUCACAACAGGCAUCGUCAUCUCGGCCUUCGGCCUGCCCAUCGUCUUUGCGAGAGCUGAAGUAAUUGCCUGGGGGGCGUGCGCACUUGUGCUAACGGGUAAUGUAGUCAUCUUUGGGACCAUCCUGGGCUUCUUCAUGGUCUUUGGAUCCAACGACGACUUCAGUUGGCAGCAGUGGUAAAAAGGCCAUGGGAGAGGGACCUUAGUCUGAACUGUUUUUAUUAGCAUUACGACUAUUAUUAUGGUAUUACUGUUUGGUUGUUGUUGUUGUUAUUUAUAUGAUGACCACCCAUCCAUAGACUUACACCAAACCAGUGCAAUACUUUUUUUUUUUUUAUUUUAUUGCCUGCUUCAUGUUGAACUGACAAAAGAUGGAAAAUGCUGACGUUCAGUUGGAUUUUUUUUUUCUUUUUUUAUGUUUUAAGUUUUGCUCUCUGAUUUAUUUGUUGUGAGUUUUCUUCAUCUAUGUCCCUUUUCAUUUGACACGUUGUCAGCUGGUGAACAGCUGCUUGUCUCAUUUAGGAAAACAUCUUGAAAAGUAAAAUCCAACAGGACACAGACAGAUCAACUGACCUCUUUUCUUUCAUAAGCAGAUAUUCUGAAAACUGAUGUUUUUCUUUUCUUCUGGAAGAUGAGCACAGAUGAGAGAAAAUCAAUAGAAAACUGAUGAUAAAUAUGCAGGAUAUGAGCUCAGUUAUUCUCACCACUCACCCAGAAAUUUUUUUCUUGGUCUUAUUGGCUUUAUACAACUUCUUUUUGUAGAAUUCAGCAGAUAUAAGUCAACUUUCACUAAUGAUAUGUGACCAUUCCUGAAGCUGUGAAACUUGGCAAGAACAUGAGUGUGAAAGUGUUGCACCACCAACAAAACACAUGUUAAAAUGUGUUACAUAACUUAACAUCUUUCCAUUUCUUGCCAGUCAGCAGUCCGGGAUUCAUUAAAACGCACUCACCAUCACUCACAGAUCAAAUUAAACAGACUUGCUGAUUUCCCAGGUGCCAGCAGGAUGCAAGUGCUUAUUCACCAUCUUACUCUGCAUCUGAUAGUUCUUUCCUCACAGUAUGCAUGAGAUUGUUUUUCUUGUAAGGUCAAGAAAGUAGGAAGCACCUAAAGCAGCCACCAGCUAAGGUAGGAUUAGCUGGAGGACAGCAAGCUUGUUGGAAACUCAGCCAAGGUAAUGUAAGACUCUGGCUACUUAUAACCCAAGCCCAGUCAGUCAUUACAGCCUUUAAGCUUUUAAAUGUGACUUUUCAGCACAUUAAUUCCAUUUCUGAAGCAUGCAUCAGUCAUUUUCAGUAUUUCCAGGAUGUGAAAGAAAAAAACUGGAAUAUGGAAUGACUGAAUUAGUUAAGAUGUUUUUUUUGUUUAGUUUUUUUUGUUUGAAGAAAGUUAGUUCAUGCAGUGACUGGACAAGCAGGACCUGCAGUGCUGUGUUUAUGUUGAACUGCAUUAGUAGCUAAACAUGGAAUUAAGCAUCUGCUGCCUUGCUGGAGCAAGGCGGUGGUGGAGUGGUACAUCUUAGAUGUGGUCUUGUUUUUGCUUGUUUCUAGAUGCCACUGUUUCAGUAUACUUUUUACCAUUUAUUUAAAUUUUGUCUCAACAUGACAAGUUAGUUUUAAGCUCAGAAGGCGCUAACCAGAUUUCCAGUGGAAGUGUUCAUACAUAUUGUCCUACAGUCUGUUUCAUUUUCACUUUUUAAAUGCCUUUUUUAAAAUUACUUUAAUAUCAAACAUGCAUAUUCAUGUUAUAAGAAUAGUAAGAUUUAGGAAAAUAUGGGUGGUCACUUUCCUGUAUGGAGUUAGAUAUUCUUUAUGGAGCUAGAGGCAGUUAAAUAAUGGUGGAGCAUGACGACUGGAAACAGGGAAACGGCGCAGCUCUCUGAAUAAGUACUCUUAUUAAUGGGUUUUAUUUCAUUAGUUGAAUCCAUGCUCUAAGUGUCUGUGCAAGGCUUCAAACUGAGCUUUGUACUUAAACUAGAAUGUUUUUUUUUAGGCUUGUGUCUCUGAAAAUUUCCACUGUUUCAUUUUCUGUCUGAUAAAUUAAACAAGAUACAGCUUCAGAGAAGUUGGCAGCGGGACUGACCUCAGUGCUUUGACUUUAACCAGAAAUCAGCGUUUGACUGCUACGUUUCUGUUUGUAGUUGUGUGUUAAUGCAUAUUUAAUGAUAAUAAAAAAAAUGUUCUAAACAGUCCAAAACACGAAACAGAAGUUUACUUUAACUUUAUAUUUAAUUGAUAAUUAUGAGGACUGGAACUGGAGAAGUGGGUUGUCUUUCUCACCAGGUGUCUUGUCUUUUUUUAUUGAGUCAGUCUAACCGUUUGGCCAGUUUCCCCUUUAAAUGCUAAACUUCUCAGCUCCAUAAAUAUCUGACUCUUCCUCUAAAGUGACGAUGAACAGCUGAUGCUCUUUUAACCAUUUCCUGCGUGAAGAUAAAAACCUGAAGCAGAGAAAAAAUUAGAAAACGAAAUAGUUUUCCACUGAUGGCCUCAGAGUUUAAGCAUAAAUUAAUAUCAACUCUGUGUCAUGUUUUCAAAGCUUUUAUCCCUUACUUGAAAUCACCAUCUGAUCAAAAGAAUUGAUUGUAUUUAAAACAUUCAGAGAUGGCAGCGUUUGUUACAAGCACAUUUAUUAUUAAAGUUGCUACUGACAGAAUUGUGCGUAUGAUGAUGUUAACAGCCGACUGAAGCUAUGGUGGCCUGUGAGUCUGUCUGCUUGGACGAGCACGGUAAACCUAUGAGGCGUAAACAUCUGUAUGACACUGUAUGAAUUAAAAAUGUCAGAUGUUCUCUGUCUUUCUGUUUUGUAUUCUGCUGUUAACCCCUGAGGUGACACGGUGUAAUGUGUGAUGAGUUUAUCUCCGUUUCUGUUUUGGUUUGUUUCUCUCGCUGACAGUGGGAGGAUGUUGUAUUUAUUUUGUAGGAUGCUUUGUGUCUAUGUUUAAUGCCAUUUUCUAUUUACAACUUAUUUGUUGAAGGAGCAGAGGUCAGCAUGAAGGUUUUUUUCCCCCCUUUUUUAUUUUUAAUAAACACCAUUUUUGAA